GGACUGCAGCCGCAUGAUCAAGUCCGUCGACGGCGACGGCGACGGCAAUGUGAAUUUCGAGGAGUUCAAGGUGAUGAUGAGCAACAACGCCGCCGGCACCGUUACUUCUAACGGCGCAUGAGCUUAUUCUCCAUACCACAAGUUAUGAAGAACUCAUCUGUGUUCAUGGCGGAUUCCGCUGACGAAGACUGUGAUUAUCUGUUCAAGGCGGUUUUGAUCGGGGACUCUGGAGUUGGGAAAUCAAACUUGCUGUCCAGGUUUUCCAAAGAUGAAUUCCGGCUGGAUUCCAAGCCAACCAUCGGUGUCGAAUUCGCUUACCGGAAUGUCAAGGUUGGUGAUAAACUCGUCAAAGCUCAGAUAUGGGACACUGCCGGCCAAGAAAGAUUCAGAGCAAUCACCAGUUCAUACUACCGCGGAGCACUAGGCUCGAUACUUGUGUAUGACGUAACACGGCGUAGAUCCUUUGAGAAUGUGGAGAAAUGGUUGCGUGAGCUCCGGGAGUAUGGUAGUUCCGAUAUGGUUAUUGUUCUUGUGGGAAACAAAUCAGAUUUGAGCCACUCGAGAGAGGUCACGGAGGAAGAAGGUAAAAAUUUUGCAGAGGCAGAAGGGAUAUGUUUCAUGGAAACUUCAGCUCUAGAGAAUGUGAAUGUUGAGAGACUGUUUUUAGAUAUGAUCUCUAAGAUUCACGAAAUAACGAGCCAAAAGAGUAUGGACACCAAAAUGGACGAUCAAACUAGUGCAAGUCUUCACUCUGCAAAAGUAAUCAUACGUAUUGAUGAUGAUAAUGAAGUCACAUCUACUAAACAAUCUAGUUAUUGUUGCUCAUGAUAAUUUUGCUGAGUUCAUAUAUACACUCCAUGUGGAGAGAGAGAGAGAGAGAGAGAGAGAGAGAGAGAGAGAGAGCUUGUAUAGAACUGGAAGAAUUUUGAUGUUGAUUUCUUUCGGAUCGGUUAUACUCAUAUCCGAUUUAUUGAUUCCUAUUUUCCGGUUUUACUUCUUUA